AUGCCAGGCUGCGUAGAAGAAGAAUUCAAAUGCCAAAAUGGAGAUUGCAUUCCCAAAAUUAAAUUAUGCGAUGGUGUCUAUAACUGUGUAGAUCGCAGCGAUGAAAUCUUUGGGGAAUGCCAUUAUACAAAUUGCUCAACUGGACAAUUUCGGUGUGCGUAUGGCGGUUGUAUUUCCGAUGAAAAGAAAUGCGAUAAUGAGCUGGAUUGUUGGGAUGGUACCGACGAGAACAAAUACCUAUGUGCCAAAGAUGAAGAUGUGACUGUUUUGCUGGCAGAGCUUCAAGGCAAUUGCACUCUGAACUCAGCUCAGUUCUUAACUUGGUUCGUUAGUGGGGAGGAAUCGGGUUUUCAGUGCAAAGGGCCUGGCGAGACGCGUUGUGUGCCUUUCUACGAGAUGUGUAAUGGCAAGCCGGACUGCCCAGACGGUAGUGAUGAGACGCUGGACUUAUGUGGAGCCACCAUCUGCUCCAAUACGGCAUUUCAAUGUGCCUAUGGCGCAUGUGUGCACCAAAAUGCCAAAGGAAAUAUGGUAUUGGAUUGUGUGGAUGGCAGUGACGAGGAAGUCAACAGUGACGAGCAGUUGGAAAGUGGUGGCAGUAGAAGCAGGGCGCCAGAAUAUUGUAAAGUACCCAGCUACGCGACAGAUACGCUGGUGAAGGAUUAUUUCAGCGGUAGAGUCUAUCAGACAAAUGCGACUGUUGGGCUAGAUGUCCUGGUCGAUAUCAGUUGUCCUAAGGGCUACGAGUUGCAAGGAGCUAAGAAAAACACGUCGUAUAAGACACAAUGCAGCUAUGAGGGUGAGGACGUCGAUUGUCGAAACCCAACACAUUUCAGGGGCACCAAAAUGGUCGUAUCUUGUGCCCAGGGCUUCGAACCGACUUCGGCCAGAGAACUGGAAGUGACUUGCGAGGCAACUGGCACUUGGUCCAAGGGUUCUUUCCAAUGUCAGCCCAAAUGCGGCUUCAUUCCGCCCACUCAAAUCGGUAAAGUGCCAUGGGCAGUCAGCAUAUUUCGCCGUACUUCAGGGUCCAUUUACAAAUUCCGCUGCCUGGGAGCGGUUAUUUCACCAUAUGUCCUGCUAUCGGCUUAUGAUUGUUUCCUCGACGAUAGCGAAGUCUUUGAUGAUAACCACGUGGGCUAUAGUGUAGUGGAAGGACAUCAUGAGGUUCCAUUCAGGCAAAGCGAGCCCCACUCCUAUGUGGUGCAUAAUGCCUCGUUAAUAUAUGCGGUCCGGAACUCGAAUGAGAAAAUUGUCAAUGUAAUGGUUGUGAAACCAUUCAAGUUUUCUGGAGCUGUCCUUCCUAUAUGUCUAGACAAAAGACAAUUCAAAGUGGAGGAAAAAAAGAUGGAUACGACGCUCCUGCUGGGCAAUGGCGUGACUUUCUUCAACCAGACCUCGAAGAUCUAUUCACUGACGCACAUUGUGGCUUCAAAGCAGACAAUAUAUCCCAUUAGCGACUUUGAAGUCCCGAUUGAUCAUGUAUUGGAUGAUCGGGAAAAAUAUGUACAUAUAUAG